AUGCUCCUGCUCUUUGGACUGCUGAGCUUUGCCCUGUCCCCCAGGGCAGAGGCAGGGGAGAUCAUCGGGGGACACGAGGCCAAGCCCCACUCCCGACCCUACAUGGCCUACCUGGAGUUCAUUUAUGAUAAAUCUUAUAAACCACAAAAUUGUGGUGGGUUCCUGAUCCGAGAGAACGUGGUGCUGACAGCCGCUCACUGUCUUGGCAGGACAAUCAAUGUGACCCUGGGUGCCCACAAUAUCAAACAGAAGGAGAAGAGUCAGCAGAAUAUCCCCAUGAGCAAAGCCAUCCCUCACCCCAACUAUGAUGCUAAAACCUUCUCUAACGACAUCAUGUUGCUGAAGCUGAAGCAUAACGCCAAGAUGAAUAAAUACGUGAAGCUCCUCAAACUCCCUCGGUCCAGGAACAAGUUUUGGCCAGGCCAGGUGUGCAGUGUGGCCGGCUGGGGUGAGAUGCUCUCGAAGAGUUUUCCUGACACCCUCCAGGAGGUGGAGCUGAAGGUGCAGGCAGAUGAGAAGUGUGAAUCCCAGUAUCAAUAUUACAAUCCUAAAACCCAGAUAUGUGUGGGAGAUCCCAAGACAAGAAAGGCUGCAUUUAAGGGAGACUCCGGGGGCCCCCUUGUGUGCAAGAACGUGGCCCAGGGCAUCGUUCAGUAUGGAAAGAGCGACGGAUCUUCACCCCGGGUCUUCACCAAAAUCUCCAGUUUCAUGCCCUGGAUAAAGAGCACCCUGAGAAAAAUAUAA